AUGUCUAACCCACUACAGGUCAUUGAUAUAUCCGAACCCCAGGAGAAGACAGUCCCUGCUUUGUUGAAAGCAGCGACUGAACAGGGUUUCUUGUUUGUCGAUGGUCAUGAUUUCACUCAGGAAGAGGUAAAUCAACUGUUUGAUCUAUCGAAACAAUUCUUCACUAACACCGAGCAUGAAGAAAAGAAGAAAUAUGCUAUAAAGAGUAACAAUAUUGGUUACACUGAUUUCAGCAACGAACAACUAGAUCCAAGAAAGGCUAGAGACUUCAAGGAAGGUUACAACUUCGGUUAUGCUAACUUCAAGACCGGUGAAUACAAUUUGUCUGAAGACUAUUUCUACAAAAGAAGUGACAAGAACGAUCCGUCGGAGAAUCCCGUACCUUCUUUAUUCAAACAGAAUGAAGCCUUGACUGUUCCAACAAUGCAAAAAUUACAUAAAACGGCCACCGAAAUUCUCAGGUUGAUCGCCAUUGCAUUGGGCAUCGAGGAUGAAGAUUUCUUUACUGCCAGACAUAGUCCAGAUGAACCAAGCGGUAGUGUCUUUAGAAUGUUACGCUACCCGUUGAUCAGAGACGAUGGUUUGACGGAUGAGGAAACAAAAUACGACCCUACCAUUAGAGCCGGGGCUCAUACCGAUUACGGAGCUCUAACGCUAUUAUUUCAGCGUGAAGAUCAGCAAGGCUUGGAAUUGCAAAUGGAUAAAGAUUCUGACGAUAGUUGGGCUAAAGUUCCAUAUGUUGCCUCCAAACAUGAGGGUAAGGCCCCACCAUUGGUGGUAAAUUUCGGAGAUUUAUUGUCAUACUGGACCAACGGUGUGCUAAGAAGUACAGUCCACAGAGUCAAAUUCUCUCCAGGUGAAACUAGAACCUCUGAUCGUUACUCAAUUGUGUUCUUCGUACAUCCGGCAAAUAAGACCACCUUGGAUCCUGUGCCAAGUGAUCUUGUAAAGAAAGCGGGCAAUGGUCAAAAUCCUCCAGCUAUCACUGCAUUGGACCACCUAAAAGAAAGAUUAGCCGAUACUUACAGCUGGUAA